AUGCGUCGUCUUAUCCUCACAAGGGAUGCACAACACAACGUCCCAACUUCAGUGGAACGAAGCUUGCAAUUUACAUUUGUCAUUCAUUUGCAGCCUUCAGAUCUGGAAACCGAGUCCAUGAUGCCUCAGUCUUCCACUUGCCGUUUGCGGCGUUGCGGCUUCUGCCUACUGCAGCAGCCAAUGAGAGCCAAGCACUGUCCGACGUGCUCUCGUUGCGUGCGGCGCUUCGACCACCACUGCCCGUGGAUCGAGAACUGCGUAGGCGAGCGCAACCACCGCUGGUUUGUCCUCUACCUGAUGGUGCAGCUGCUGACCCUGCUCUGGGCGCUACGGGUCGCUCUGUCUGGCAUUUCUCCCAGCGCCACUUGGGAGUCGUGGUUGCGCGCCAACGGCUUCCUGUUGGCGGCGCUGUGCGUGGUGGGCGUUUUCUCGGCAGUGGUGGCGGCGCUGCUGGGCUGCCACAUCUACCUGGUGGCCAUCAACUGCACCACUUGGGAGUUCAUGUCCCGCCACCGCAUCGCGUACCUCAGGGAGCGCGGCGAUGACGACAGCCCCUUCGACCGCGGCGUCCUCUGCAACCUGUGGGACUUCUUCUGCGUGUGCGGCGCGGUGGCUUGGGAGCAGGUCUACCACCGGAAUUUGCAGAAUCCCGUCUGAGCGCCCUCCACUCCGCAUGCCAGACUUCAGGACUCAAAAGACUUGACGACCGGAGAUGCUCACGCGGACCUUUCCCCUGUCGCUUCGACCAGAUUUUAUUUUUGUUUUUAAACUCGGUGUGGAUGUUUGAUGACCUGAACCCAGCAGAUCAAUCGGAUAGGAAGUGGAUGGACCAAACAGGAAGUAGAGGAACCCAGCAGGAAGUAGAUCAGGCCACCUAGAUGGCGUAAGAGUUGCUUUAUCUUGUUACCUGGAUCGUGCGCAGAUUCUUGACAAACUGAAGCCGGCAGGUCAAUCAGACGGGAAGUAGAUUGACCAAACGGGAAGUAGAGGAACCAGACAGGAAGUACGCAGGAAGCAGAUCAGGCAAGCUGGAUAGACUUGGUUCAUCCGUGUGACUUUGAACAGAUUUUUAAACCCAACGUGGAUUUUUGGACGAAGUGGAAAAGCCAGCAGUUUAAUUGGACAGGAAGUAGAUGGACCAAACAGGAAGUUGACCAGCUGCUGCUGGAGUAAGAGUCGGCUCAUCCGUCGAGGAGCCGGAUCAACGCAUCUUCAACUGGACAGGAAGUCGAUUAACUCUAAACAGGAAGUUGAUCCCCGGCAGGAUCGAGUAAGCAAGCGUACGUUCGUCCAUCAAGCGGCAGCCAGAUCAACCCGUCACGCAAAUAAAGCAAACACGGAGUCGAUGAAGCAGGCGGGAGGGUGAGGAGUCAAGCGGGAAGUAGACAUCCAGCAAGCGGGAACCAGCUCGUCCCAGCAGCAUGCUAAUUAGCCGGGCAAAGUAGAAGAACCAGAUCAACCCGUCAUGAUUCAAGCUCAUCCGAGGGGAAGUACAUUAAGCAGACGGGAAGUCGGAGAACAAGUAAGAAAGCAAAUUGGCUCAACAUCCCAACGGCGACUGACAGCGAGCAGCUUGAACCAAACAGGAAGUAGAUGAACAAGACGGGAUGCACAUUCUUCAACCGACAGGAACUAGUGAGCGUCCAUUUGUGUCUUUUGAGGACGAGGCACAUCGAAACAAAGUGCUGUUUGUGUUGUUGUUGACGUACAUUCAUUUAUUCAGACAUAUCGCAUUCAAAGCAGUGAAUAACAGUCUGGGUUCCUUCCCGUUUUUCCCUUUCUCGAGGAUAAGGUCAACAAUGUUUGUUAACAACGUUUGACGCAGUUCGGCAUGUCUGCUGUGUACUGGAAGGAAUAAACGAGUUUCUCGUUUGCAGCCUGGAUCUACAA